UUUAUCAGGAACUAACAAAAUAACAGUACAGGAAAUGCAGUAUCACUUCAUCUUAAAAGUAGUCUUAUUACAGAAAUAGGAGGCAGUUUAAACAAAUUUAUUUGCACUAUGCAAACAUUUCCAAUUUUAUAAGGCAAUCAAACAUUUCUAAUAUUUGGUAGUGGAAGUGGAUGGAUGAUAAAAACACAACACCUUCAUCUUUGUUUUAGACGGGUGUAUAUUUACAAGAAUGUUGUGUGACUUCCUUGUUUCCAAUCAGUAGGUAGAUGGCUUUCUCUGCUGCUGCCUGGAUCACACCAUGCAGAUCCUAGCUGCAGUUAUCAAGGACUUUGUGGUGGAUCUUUGUGGGUUCGGAUGUUUGAACUAAGAGGCAUUCUGUUGAUUUAUUCUGCCAUUUGGACAUCCCUGGUCUUAACAUGUUUGGCUAUUGAUAACGAAAUUUUAAGAAAUCCAGAAGACAAUGGGGCAGCUGAUUAUUGCAUACCAGGAUACACAGUAUGAUAACAAAACUCAUUUCACUUUCUACUCCGAAUUUAACAAAACUUUGGCAGUGAAAGUGGUGGAGACCUUUUUCUUGUGUUUGGUCUUUGUAUUCUCCUGGCUCACCAAUGUCUGCGCCAUAGUGUUGCUGAUUCGAAAGAAGAGACUGGUCACUUCCAAUUGUUUUGUGUUGAACCUUUUCUGCUCCGAUUUGCUCUUCGUCACCAUGAUUCCUUUCAUCUUGGUUGUCCGCUGGACAGAGAAUUGGAUCCUGGGGGACUUUGUAUGUCACCUGCUGUUCUAUGUCAUAUGCCUCAGUGGCUGUGUCAUCCUGAUCUCAUUGUCUGCUGUCAGCCUGGAGAGGAUGAUCUGUAUCAUGAAGAUGACGCAGACAACUACAUGUAAUGUGAAGGUGGUGGUGAUGGGACUGGUGAUAAUCUGGGGGUUCUCCGCCAUGACCGCCUUACCUCUAUGCUUAUUUUUCAAGGUGGUUGAAAUUGACAUGGAGCUGAAGAUCUGCACUCUAAUCUGGCCUACGAUUGCAGAAGAAAUCUCAUGGGACGUCUCAUUUAUUCUUCUGGAUUUUCUGAUCCCUGGUUUGAGCAUUGUUGUCAGCUAUACCAAGAUCUAUAAGAUAACAAAGGACAUACGGCAGAGGAUGAUCAGCAGUACAGCAUAUUCUGAAAACCACCAAAUCCGAGUCUCCCAGCGUGACUACAAACUUUUUCGAACCCUCUUCCUUCUGAUGAUCUCCUUCUUUGUCAUGUGGACUCCUGUGUUCAUCAUCGUUCUGCUCCUUCUUGUCCAGAACUUGGACAACAACUUCCAUCUCUCACCUACGUGCUUCUUUUGGAUUAUUUUAUUCACAUUCUGUAACUCAAUAGUCAACCCAAUUCUGUACAACAUGAAUUUAUUCCGGCAGAAAUGGUGGCAAAUUAUAUUCUGUUGCAGCUCAGAGGAAACCCUAGAUACCGAGACCACAACCAGAAAGAAUGAAAAUCAAAAUGGUUCAGCAGAGAUAAAAUAGCAGGAUGUCAAUUUCUGGUGACAAAUGUCAAUUCGUUAACAAUGAAGUUGGAACAGAACAACAUGAAACCUCACUGUUGGGCAUAUUUUUUACUUUGCCAGAAGACUUUUUUUGCCAGUUAUACAAUGGUUUCCUUUUUUCAGUCACAUAAAGUAUAGCUUUAUAAAUAGUAAUCUAUGCAAUCCAGCUGUGAUUACAUAGAUUACUAAAAGUGUAAAAGGGAUGAAUCUAUUGGCCCGUGAUGCUCCCUAUCAUAGCCAAUUGGAAGGUGCAAGAAAACCUGCAGAUGAAAAUGCCAUGAAUCACUGGACAUAAUUGCAGAGGGUUCAACACAAAGGCACCUUUAGGCCUACACCGAGUUGCAUGUUUUGUUUUUUUCUGACAGGAAUACUUUAAUUAUCAGCCUGAACCCUAACAUUUAACUUUUAACACUUAAGUGAACUCUUAAAGCUUAACUCCAGCCUUACCUUCAGUCUUACACAGUUGUACAGGUUUGUCUUCGAACGGACAUUGCUUACUCUGAUUUUAGUGCACACUACCUUCUUGUUGGGACAAGAAAGCCCUGUGUGCCAGAGGGCUUAAGGGGAUACUCCUGUGGUUGGGUGCAGCAUGGUGCGAUGGCAAUAACACACACUCAGUCCAGAUGCAAAUAAUGGAGCUUGUAUUGAAGUCAGUGAAAAACAGUUAACCGGCCCGUUGGAAGGAAGCCCAACCGGGAACACUCACAGAUGACAGCAGCAUGUAGCGGAGCGGGUCUCAGUCCAGCUGAUGGCAUUUGUCUAGAAGGGCAGAAUGCAGCCUGGCGGGUCCAAACCCAAGUGGGAAGGCUUACAAGAAGACUGGAGGAUCCCUAAGCUUUCCCUACUCAUCUGAAAACCGUUUACUACUGCUAAUACUGUCCCUGCCAGGUGACCAGUCCUUAUACUACCCACACCCUGAAAGCAUGCCAAACCCAGGAGCCAGGGCCUUAAAUAGACACUGCCUGACAAAAGAUGGCCAGCAUGAGCGGUCAGCAUCCAACCAGAUAGUUGCCCCAGUGAUGAGGAAGCCAUAGAGGAACAUGGGAUGUUCACUGGUUAUAUGAAGUGCAAAGAGACAAUGAUAUUCCCAGCUUAAUGUCUGCUAUGAAGGCUAACAUGUAGAAGAAGGGAUAGGUCUAUCUAAAGGUAUAAACUAACUAGCCCCAACAUAAAGGGGAACUGGGUUAUACCAUAAACAAAUACAGAAAUAACAAGUGCCAGUGACAAUAAAUUGGCAUGGAAUGUCAUCAAGAUGUUAAUACAUACGUAAUGAAAUCCAAGUCAACAGUAAUGCAUACAACCCGAUAAGUGACUCUCCACAAGCUUGGUGCAAAUAUGUUCCUGCAUAAAGCUGAUAGAGAUAUUUCCACCUUUCCAGGUGUGUCGAAUACAGUACCUGCUCUCCGCUCCACAUGCUGUGGUUCUUCCUGCCAACUUCCACGUCUUAUAGAGAUGCAUGAACUGCCAGGAGGAACCACAGUGUGAAUGGGAGGAGCAGGUAUUCAACAGACCUGGAUAUGUGGAAUACUUCCUGCAUCUGGGGAACCAUUCCCAAUAUUGAGUUUGUAGUCACGGCCAAUUUUCACCUUGCAUACAGCACAGUGGUCCUUUUAUUUUCCCUUUGGGCCUCAAAGUCUCAGGCCCACACAGUAUAAACUACCGUAAAAAAAAAAUGUAAAUUGUUAUAAUUAAAAUGGAAAAUGAAUGGCAGUUCUGAAAUGUAGCCACCCUAAUCUAGAAUGAAUGUAUUUCUUUACAGAUAGACUCCAAUAAGCAUUUUUGCACCUAAAAAGCCACAUUACAGUAAAUUCUGUUCCUGUGUGUGGCCAUUCUCCUCAUUCAUAGAUGGGCAUGUUUGACCAGGAGAAUGAACUCAGGUACAGCAAUGCCAUUGUACCUUUUACCUAUUGCUCCUUAAUGGAUGAUGCUGCCAGUCAGUGUGAUUGUUGGGAAAGUGUUGUGUCUUUGCAAUAUUGGCUACACUUCCAUUGCUUGGAAAGUAGGCUUUCGUUCUAGUGUGAUUACUUUGUGAGUCACUGACUCUAAAUAAGAAUGCGGCCAGUGAAAUUUUGGAACACCAGAUAUUCACAAUGUGAUCCAGGGUGACAAUUCACCAAGUGGUAAAGGGAGGAUAAGGAUGACAGUCCAGACCUGGUAUCUUAAAAUGCAUUUUAUCCAUGGCAGCCUCCAUAUUUUUAUGAA